CGACCAGAUCAUAAAUCCAAGGGUUCUUCUAGUUUAUCCACUGCAUGCUGGGAGGGUUUGCUGGAGAUGCCCAAUAAAACGUGAACGUCGAGAGUUGUUUGUGUGAGUACUGCCUUGUGUUUUCUCUCGAUUCUCGUAUUAUCAGUUUUGGCCGUGGCUUUGCUUUAUUACGACUCCUCUUCUCCUGACCCCUAAACCCCCAUGCUGCAUUUAGCAAUCCACGCGGUACAGUUAAUGAUUUUCCGGCCAGUAUGAGUACAUGAAACGGAGUAAGACGGGGUCUUCAAUGACUUCUGACCACUGACAAAGACCUGUGACCAUAGUUAAUUAUUCAUAAUGAAUGUUGAGGCAGCUCAGUGCCUCCCUGACUGAGCGAAGCAAGCACAAGACCAAAUCGUAGUCGCCACUCACAAACGAAGAAUACUUCAUAACAAGCCACGUUCAGGUGAGUUGCACUUGACUUGAACUGGCCAGAGCAGCAGGCUCAAAUCAAUUCAGUGGCACCUCACUCAUAGCCAGACGAGCCCAGCACCUUUAGAAGGAGGACAAGAUGUCGACAAGGCGGACACGACUACAACGAGGACACCAAUGAUUGUCAGGUAAGCUAAUGUGCCCAUCCAGAGGGUAGGCCUUGUAGUGACAAAUUCAAAUCCCACUACUAACAUCAGAAAUAUGGAAACAUCUGUCUACAUGCAUGUGUCUUUCUGUCCCUUAGUAUCGCCAAGAUGGCCCAGAACAGCUUUGAGGACAACGCCAGCCUCCUAAGCGCCAGGCUCAAUUCCGUCCACUGUGAGGAAGGUGACUCCAGCUCCAUCGGCUCAGAAUCGGAUUUUGGGUUGGACCGCAGCAACCAGCUGCCAGCACAAGAGACGGACAAAUACGGCUUUCUGCUCAGCACAGGAUCAGCAGCAGAGAAUGAAGGCCCAUCUCCAGAAAUCAUCCGGCAAAAGGAAAACAAGUGGUUAGAGAUGAUGAACCAAUGGGAUCGCAUCAUGCAGAGGAAUUAUGGCAAGGUCAAGUCGUACAGCCGGAAAGGAAUCCCAGCAUCCCUCAGGUCACGAUGUUGGCCCAUGCUGUGUGGUGCUAUUGCCAAUAUGGAGAAGAACAGGGGCCAGUACCAGGAACUGGAUAAGGCACCAGGGGACAAGCACUGGGUGGACAUCAUUGAGCGAGAUAUUGACCGCCAGUUCCCCUUCCACGAAAUGUUUUUAUCACGAGACAGACAUGGGCAGAGGGACCUUUUAAGUGUCCUAAAAGCAUACACGCAGUACAGGCCUGAGGAAGGGUACUGCCAGGGCCAGGGACCUGUGGCAGCUGUGCUCCUGAUGAACAUGCCCGCUGAGCAAGCGUUUUGGUGCCUGGUACAGAUCAGCGAGAAGUACCUGCCGGGAUAUUAUAGCCCCUUACUUGAAGGUGUUCACCUUGAUGCCCGGGUCCUGACUGGGCUCCUCAAGAGGAAUUGCCCGUGCGCGUACCGUCACCUGAAGAAGCACGGAGUCGAUCCGCUCAUGUAUGCCACCGAGUGGUUCAUGUGCAUUUUCUCACGAACUUUGCCUUUCCCGCUGCUCCUGAGGAUCUGGGACAUGUUCUUCAGUGAGGGCGUAACGAUUCUUUUUCGAGUGGCGCUGAUUCUGGUCAGGAUGGCAAUCGGGUCAUCCGAGAAGACUAAAAAGUGUGAUGGGCAGCUUGAAACCUUGGAGUGCCUGCGCUCGAUAAGUCAGAAGAACUUACGGGAAGAUGCCUUUGUUCAAGCAGUAGGGGACAUGUCCCUUUCUGAGAGGGAGGUAGAGAAGGAGACAGCCAUUCAGCUGGAGAAGUGGAGGAAAGAGCGACCUGACCUGACCUUUCAGCCCAGAUCACGACUGCAUGGGGCCCGGUCUGUGUUUGAGGAGGCAGAGAGGGAAGAGCGGGAGAAGGAGAAAAAGGAGAGGAGGGGAAGUGCCAUUUCACUGGCUUUGUCCAUCUCCUCGGAAAACAAGCAAAGAAGGAAGAAGAGUGUGGACAUACGGGGCACCCCUGAGGUGCAGCCCACAGAGCACAGAGAUCCUGGACAACCAACAAGACCUGAGAGUGAGCCGUGUGCCUCCUCCAGCAUAACUAACAGCAUCAAAGUAUUCAGCCAACCCGAUCACUCAGUGCAUCCCGGUACCCCAGAGUCCAAAGAUCAACCAAUCACAGAGCAGAAAGAAAAAGCACCUCCAGUUCCGCGCUUCCCCACAGUCAUCCCCACGAUUAUUGUGGAGGAUACAAGCUUAGAGGAGGAGGCCAAAGAGAAGAAGACCAAAAAGACCAAGGAGCAAAGGCGACGGGAGAAAGAAGAGGAGAAGGCCAUGGUGAAGGCAAUGAAAGAACGGGAACGGAUCGAAAGGGAACGGCAGAAGCAACUGGAGAAAGAAGAGAAGAAGAAGAAGAAGAAGAAAGAAGGGGAUACUAUAGGGGUGGGGGAGCCCAGAAAAAAGCCUCAGACCAGGGGAAAGACUUUCCACUUUGUCCGCAAGUCCUCCACUGCCAGCUCAGUAUUUGUAGAUCAGCCCCACAAGGACCCUGAAUCGAAGAGGAACUCGGCUCCUUACUUUGACACUUACUUUUAGAGCAGCCGGGGCAGGGGUGGACUCUGGAAAGGGACGACGUCCAGCGAACAACAAGAGAGCUUUGCAAAAUGAACACUAGCAAGAAGGCAGGCGCGUGACAGUGGGAUAUUUAAAUCAGCGGCCGAUAUGAGAAGAUGGGAAAGUUUUGAAUCUCCUCGUUUAUGAUGAAGUCUCAGUUGCACAGGUUGGUGGACAUGAUUGGUGAAAUGGGAUAUUGGGCCUACAUUAGAAUCUGGAGGAAAUAUCUUCCAGUGUGAAAUGCAUCAUUUUUAUUAUGACACGUGAAAAUAAACCCUAAUUUUAUAAAUAUCAAUUUUAAGUAUAAGAUGUGUAGGAGAUUCCCACUAAUGGUAAAAAAAUUGGAUUUUUAUUUUUCUGUUUGUGCAUCUACCUUCGGGGGCCACGUUAUUAGCUCUACCUGCUUUUAAUGCAAAUGGCCGUGCGCUCCUCCAAACAGCCAAUCACGUGGCUGCAGCACAGUAUAAACAGCAUGGACUGGGCUGUGAAAAAGUAUUUGCCCCUUUCGUCGUAUCCUCAUUUUUUUUUUGCAUAUUUUACAAAAUGAAUGGCCUCAGACCUUCAAACAAAAUUUAGUAUUAGAGAACAGGAUCAUGACGGAAUGCACAAUGCAGUUUGUAAAUUUUCUCAAGAAACAGUGUUAUCCACUACCAUCACGCCAUGAACCUGUAAUUGCCCCCAUAGUUUCAAUACUUAGAUGUAACUAAGUUCAUUCAUUCAUUCCACUACUUAUCCAAAGCCGAGUCACGGGGGCAACAGUCUUAGCACUGAGGCCCAUAUGUCUCUUU